AUGCAGCGAGGUCGUGGGAGUAGAGAGGAGGGAGGAGGAGGGAGAAGGAAGAGAUCGAGGCAUCACAAAGCCGGUCAGGUUGUCCAAAGCCACUCCGCGGUGAGGUUGUCAUUGGCGCAUCUAGGCCGCGGAUACACAGAUGUGCCGCUCCUAUCACGGCGGCGUGCGGCUUUAUACAGCUGGACCAGUGGCAUAGACUCGGAAUAUGCCGUUGAAGGGUCCCGGACGCGGACGAUAUGCUUGGAUGGCGGCGCGUGUGACGGGUUGCAGCUCGGCACCUGCAGAUCAUUCACUGCAGGUGGCGCGCUCAGGUGGGUGACGAUCCUUUUGAGCCAUGAUACCCUGCGCUGCAGUGGCACGCUGCCAACGUUGAUGUUCAGCACGCCAAAGUCUCGAUGCUGGUUCAGGUGGCCCGAUAAGAAAUCCUGGGCGGUGGCUGGUGGCGCCCAGCAAAAGCCUGCUCGAGGGCAACGGAACCUAGCCGACAUCAAGCAACGGCCGCAACAACACUCUACUCUGCUCAGGUUCUACCCUGCCCUCGAUCUCCUCAUCCUUGGGCCAGGAGCUUCGUCCACGAGCGAGACCCAGCUAAAGCUGAGAGGUGCACUGCCAGCUGUCCCACGGCAUACUUUUGGUCUAAGAGUAUUCAAUGAUGGCCAGGCCAGGCAAUAA